CUCACUGUAGGAGUCCUUUAAACAGGAAUUGUUAAAAAUGGGUAAAGAGAAAGCUGGCUUUCUUACCCCAAAAGCAAUAGCUAAUCGAAUAAAGGCGAAGGGUUUACAGAAAUUGCGAUGGUAUUGUCAGAUGUGUCAAAAACAAUGCAGAGAUGAGAAUGGAUUUAAGUGUCACAUGAUGUCAGAGUCUCACCAAAGACAGUUGCUGCUGUUUGCAGAAAAUCCUGAUCAAUAUAUUGACGACUUCUCAAAAGAGUUUAUGGAUGGUUAUUUGGAGCUACUGAGGAGAAGGUUUGGUACAAAGCGAGUUCACUGUAACAUUGUGUAUCAGGAAUACAUCGCUUUUCGAGAACACAUCCACAUGAAUGCAACACAGUGGGAGUCGCUUACUGAAUUUGUUAAAUGGCUGGGUAGAGAAGGGAAAUGUGUUGUGGACAACACAGAGAAAGGCUGGUUCAUUCAGUAUAUUGACCGAGAUCCAGAGACAAUUAAGAAACAAGAGCAGAUAAAAGCCAAGGAGAAAAUGGACAUGGAUGAUGAGGAGAGGACUGCCGUAUUUAUACAGAAACAAAUAGAGCGGGCAGCCGAACAGGGAACAUCAGCCAAGGAAACAGAGUAUACAGAACUAAAGAGAGAAAAUGAAGAGGACAAGGUAUCUCUAAGUUUUUCUGGACUAAAGCCCAAGAAAAAGGAAGAAAAUUCAGUAUUAAAACCAGACAACCCUCUCAGUUCAAAGAAACCCACAGAACCAGAAAAGCCAAAGAAAAGAGAGAGCCGGUGGGAAAAAGAAGAGCCCAAGAAGGAGGUAAAAAAAGACCCCUUCAAACCUCCCAAGCCUGGAGAGAAACGUAAAUCAGCACUGGAUGAAAUCAUGGAGUUUGAAGAGAAAAAGAAAGAAAAAACAAACAGAAAAGAUUACUGGCUGACAGAAGGCAUUGUUGUGAAGAUCAUCACUAAGAAGCUGGGGGAGAAGUUCCACAAGAAGAAGGCAGUGGUCAAGGAGGUCCAAGACCUAUACAGAGCUGUGAUCGAAACCUUAGACUCAGGGAACAAAGUCAGAGUAGACCAGAAUCACUUAGAGACAGUCAUCCCAGCUCAAGGUAAAUUGGUCAAGAUUGUGAAUGGAGCCUACAGAGGCCAUGAUGCAGUUUUGGAGGGUAUUGAUGAGAAGAAGUUCUGUUGUACGGUGUCCAUACACUCAGGUCCUUUAAAAGGGCGUGUUGUGGACAAUGUUCAGUAUGAAGAUAUCAGUAAACUCUUUAACCAAACAUGAAGCUACAUGUGCCCAAAGAGAAAAGAUAUCUCAAAGACAGAAAAAGUACAACUAAAUAGAGACUAUAUGUGGCUGUUGUGUCAGGGAAUUGUUUGAUUAAACUGGACUUAUGUUUUUAAAAAAAACACAGAUAUCGGCAGGAGGUGAACAUUUGUGUGAAAGCAAGCAAUUCUUUGCCUAUUCACAAAAAGCAGCAAUAAGAAAUCAUAGGUGUGUUGCAUGAAACAUGCAUGAUCUAUGUUGUUAUGUUGAUGCACAGGACUGUGCAAAAAGAGAAUAAAUUCAAUGCAGCUUUCCAUUGAAAGACUGAAAAAAUAAUUUCACAUUUGAAGAUGUAAAUAUAUUUUUUUAAUGAAAGUUCAUAUUAUUAUACAUGUGUGUAUUAUACAAUGAGAAGAUUUUAU